AUGAAAAGGUUGAUCCAUGUUUUGCAGGGAACAAGGUCAGCUCUGUAUUCGAACAAUCGGGAGUCCAUCACAGUCACUGUGCAGGAAGUGACACCUAGAUCUGUUGGAGCUCUAGUAGCACUCUAUGAGCGAGCUGUUGGGAUUUAUGCUUCACUUGUCAACAUUAACGCUUAUCAUCAACCUGGUGUGGAAGCUGGGAAAAAAGCUGCUGGAGAAGUUCUUGCGCUUCAAAAGCGUGUCCUUCAAGUACUUAAUGAGGCCAGCUGUAAACAGCCUGUUGAACCACUUACUCUGGAUGAAAUAGCUGAACGUUGUCAUUGUGAAGACGAUAUUGAAAUGAUCUAUAAGAUUAUUGCACACAUGGCUGCUAAUGACAGAGCACUUAUUGCCGAAGGUAAUUGUGGUACUCCUCACAGCAUAAAAGUUUAUCUGGGAGAGUGUAAUGUUGACGACUUGUAUGCCUAGAUCUUGCAUUGAAUAUUCUGAUGUUUCUACAUACAUCCGAAAAAUACAUAUGUGCUCAAGAUAGGGUCCGGCCUUAUGGUGGCUGAUUAUUGGGGAUUCCUAACUUAAAAUAUCCAAAAAAAAUUUCUUUUCAAAGCACCAUCAUGUUCACAUCUGUUAGCUGUAUCAGAGAGCAUAUUGCUUCCCCAUGAUCAAAUAAAUUUCAGAAAGCUGAGUUUGUUGACACUGCUGCUGUUUAUAAUAUGCUUUUCAUCACCCUCUUUUUUCUUA